UAUUUAUGUGCGACGAGGGCGAAGGGGGAAAGAUGGCGGCCGCCAUGGUGCAAAUGUCUUGUUUGUACCGUGGGAUGCUAGCGGUCAGGGCAACUGGAAUCCGACCGCUCAUCCCUGGCCUAGUGCCGUCGCAGUUUAGAGCAUUUUCUGUGAAGAAGGAGAAAGAGCCGGAACUGGAGGACAAUCCAUAUUAUAAUAAAUAUCAGGAAAAGAUCAGAAAGCUAAGGAGUGCCAAACCGCAGGAGUUCAAUGCUCGGCUCGAGAAGCGAAAUGAAAUUAAACGGGAGCCACUCGGACACUCUAAACAAUCAGAGUUCGUCAAACUCAUGGAGCAGGAGUUAGAGAAGCGUGACAACCAGGUUGAUGGUUCAGGCAGAUUCACCAAAGACAAGUUUCUUGCACAGACCCUAGGAUCUAUCCUGAACUUGGACUUGAUCCAGGAUAAGUCAGGAGAAGAAAUUGCAGAGCUUUGGAGGCAAUAUUAUGCCACAAAAGACACCAUAAGUGCCGUCAUACCAGCCCACGUUUUUGAAGUGAUUUUCAACAGAGCUAAGUGCAACCCUGUGUUCCUGUAUGCGUUACCACAAAAGGAGGGCUAUGAAUUUUUCCUGGGGCAGUGGUCGGACUACGAACUGCAUUUCACGUCCCUGAUCAAUGUCCAGACCAUGGGAGAGCACGCCCCCAGUCAGUUGAUCCUCUACCACUAUUCUGAUCUGCAGAAAGACAAGGGUGUAGUGCUCAUGACUGCUGAGAUGGACCCUAAGUUCAUGUGGGGGAAGGCUUUUAGCCUAAUACUCCUGUUUUGCAGACAGUACAUCUGGCUCAGUGCUUGGCCAAUCAGGUGCAGCUGUUCUACGGAACCCAGCGGCAGGAGAUUUUUAGAUUGGUGGAGACCUUCAACCACAAACCAGCUGACUUUAAACACAUGGCAGUGAUUGCUGAGUUGGAACAGAGUGGCGUCAAUCCUGCUCUCACCUCUGGGAACUAGAUCAAGAGUUGUCAGACAGUGAAAUUUUGCUCCAAUUUACAAAGGGAUUGGCACAUGGUCAUUCAUUUGGUGCCAAUCUUGCGUUUGCGAGAAUGACGUCUUUUGCUUGGCACUAAUGACCUGGUUGACCAGAUGCAUCAGUCAAAAUGUAUGCUAAAUUCCCGGGCAUAGAUGAUGUAAUGAAUCAAUGUUAUUUAAUCUUAUCAAAGCCUUAAAUGUUAUUUUUCACCUCUCCCCUGUCCAUCUUACUGUUGUACUUGACAGUAGUCUCAUAUUCCUGUCAGAACCCAGCCUACAACCCAUAAGGCACUCUAUACUGUACAUAGGCCUCUGGUCAAAUGUAAUGCACUAUGACCCCUUGUGGAAGGUAUUGCUCUAUACACAGAAUAGAGUGCCAUUUCGUGUAUGGUGUUCCCCUUCCAAAUAUUCUUGUUAUUUUUAGAUAGAAUAACUGCAGGAAUUUGGUUUUCAAAACAAUGGAGUGUACAAUGAGAUUUCGUACAUAAGUAUAUUUGUACAUAUAAGUAAACUCAGCAAAUAAAGAAACGUCCUCUCACUGUCAA